AUGAAUCGCCAGGCGAGUCGCCGAGGCCACCGGGUGCGCCAUGUCCGGCUCGGCUCGCUUCUCCGGCUCCGUGUGCGGCUGUUCGGCAUCGCCGGCCUCCUCGUCCGGUGCCUGGAGGAGCUCAACUGCUGCCCCAGGAGCAGGAGGAGGUCGAGGCCGCAUAAUAAGAUGAUGCCCAGCCACGGCGACAGGUGUCACCGUCCUGGACCAGCAGAGAGGGAGAACUCCCUCCAGGCAGAGGCCAUUGCAGACUGCUUGGAGUUUAUCAAGAGAUCCUACCUACCUGCUGCUGGUGAUCACAAGCCAGAUUGCUGCUAG